UGUUACGUCACCAUUUCGAGUGGGAGUUGAAGCUUUCGAGCUGUAUGGCUCUCGUUUCUUAAAAAUAGAUUGAUUUUCCGACAAAGGUCAGGAUAGAGUGCGAAAUAGAAGGCCAUUAUACGUUGCGCUAGAUUGCCGUUGCUUUGUUUUUUUGGUAAGUAAUCGCGGUUUCAGAAGAAAUGAGCGUUGAGGCGUAUGGGCCGAGCUCGCAGACUCUAACCUUCCUGGACACCGAGGAAGCGGAGUUGCUUGGAGCAGAUACCCAGGGUUCGGAGUUUGAGUUCACCGAUUUCACCCUGCCAAGCCAGACUCAGACACAAGGCCAGACUCAGAGUCAGCUGGACAAUCAGGUGAAUGAUCCUGAUAGCGUUUUACAAAAUGGUGACGACUCUGUUGUGAAAACCAGUCAGCUUCUUGCCGAACUUAAUUUUGAGGAGGACGAGGAGGACACAUACUACACGAAAGACCUCCCGGUGCAUGCAUGCAGCUACUGUGGCAUCCAUGACCCGGCCUGUGUGGUGUACUGUAACACAAGUAAGAAGUGGUUUUGUAACGGACGUGGCAACACCUCUGGCAGUCAUAUUGUGAACCAUCUGGUGAGGGCGAAGUGUAAGGAAGUCACUCUGCAUAAGGACGGCCCCCUGGGUGAGACUGUGCUGGAGUGCUACAACUGUGGAUGCCGCAACGUCUUCCUUCUUGGCUUCAUCCCAGCCAAGGCGGACUCUGUGGUGGUCCUGCUGUGCAGGCAGCCAUGUGCAAGCCAGAGCAGCCUGAAGGACAUCAACUGGGACAGCUCGCAAUGGCAGCCGCUCAUCCAGGACCGCUGCUUCUUGUCCUGGCUGGUGAAGAUUCCCUCGGAGCAGGAGCAGCUCCGGGCACGCCAGAUCACCGCCCAGCAGAUCAACAAGCUGGAGGAGCUCUGGAAGGAAAACCCCACGGCCACGCUGGAGGACCUGGAGAAGCCCGGCGUGGACGAGGAGCCUCAGCACGUGCUCCUGCGCUAUGAGGACGCCUACCAGUACCAGAACAUCUUUGGCCCACUGGUCAAACUGGAGGCCGACUAUGACAAGAAGCUUAAAGAGUCCCAGACCCAGGACAAUAUAACAGUCAGGUGGGACUUGGGGCUGAAUAAAAAGAGGAUUGCUUAUUUCACCCUUCCCAAGACGGACUCAGGUGAUAUGCGUCUGAUGCAGGGGGAUGAGAUUUGCCUGCGCUACAAAGGAGACCUGGCUCCGCUGUGGAAAGGCAUUGGACAUGUCAUCAAAGUCCCAGACAAUUAUGGAGACGAAAUUGCCAUUGAGCUGAGGAGCAGUGCUGGAGCACCUGUUGAAAUUCCUCACAACUUCCAGGUUGAUUUUGUCUGGAAGUCCACGUCCUUCGACAGAAUGCAGAGUGCCCUGAAGACCUUUGCGGUGGACGAGACCUCUGUGUCCGGCUACAUCUACCACAAGCUGCUGGGUCACGAGGUGGAGGAUGUCAUCAUCAAGUGCCAGCUCCCCAAGCGCUUCACUGCCCAGGGUCUGCCCGACCUCAACCACUCUCAGGUCUAUGCUGUGAAGACUGUCCUGCAGCGUCCCCUCAGCCUCAUCCAGGGUCCACCUGGCACCGGCAAGACAGUCACCUCAGCAACCAUUGUGUACCACCUGGCCCGACAGGGCAAUGGGCCUGUGCUGGUGUGCGCUCCCAGUAACAUCGCUGUCGAUCAGCUGACGGAGAAGAUCCACCAGACGGGCCUGAAGGUGGUGCGUCUCUGUGCCAAAAGCAGGGAGGCCAUCGACUCGCCUGUCUCCUUCCUAGCCCUGCACAACCAAAUCCGCAACAUGGACAGCAUGCCUGAGCUUCAGAAGUUGCAGCAGCUGAAGGAUGAGACUGGAGAGCUGUCCUCCUCGGAUGAGAAGCGCUACCGUGCCCUGAAACGCACCGCUGAGCGGGAGCUCCUCAUGAAUGCAGAUGUGAUCUGCUGCACGUGUGUGGGCGCAGGGGACCCACGGCUGGCUAAGAUGCAGUUCCGCUCCAUCCUCAUCGACGAGAGCACGCAGGCCACGGAGCCUGAGUGCAUGGUGCCCGUGGUGCUGGGGGCCAAGCAGCUGAUCCUGGUGGGAGACCACUGCCAGCUGGGUCCGGUGGUGAUGUGCAAGAAGGCGGCGAAGGCGGGCCUGUCCCAGUCCCUGUUUGAGCGUCUGGUGGUGCUGGGCAUCCGGCCCAUCCGCCUGCAGGUGCAGUACCGCAUGCACCCCGCCCUCAGCGCCUUCCCCUCCAACAUCUUCUACGAGGGCUCGCUGCAGAAUGGAGUCACCGCCGCGGACCGCAUGAAGAAGGGCUUUGACUUCCAGUGGCCACAGCCGGAUAAGCCCAUGUUUUUCUACGUGACGCAGGGCCAGGAGGAGAUUGCCAGCUCAGGAACCUCCUAUUUGAACAGGACGGAGGCAGCAAAUGUGGAGAAGAUCACCACCAGACUGCUGAAGGCCGGAGCCAAGCCUGACCAGAUCGGCAUCAUCACUCCUUAUGAGGGCCAGCGCUCAUACCUGGUGCAGUACAUGCAGUUCAGCGGCUCUCUCCACACCAAACUCUACCAGGAAGUGGAGAUUGCCAGUGUUGACGCCUUCCAGGGCAGAGAGAAGGACUUCAUUAUCCUGUCCUGCGUACGAGCCAACGAGCACCAAGGCAUCGGCUUCCUCAAUGACCCUCGCCGACUCAACGUGGCCCUUACCAGGGCCAGGUACGGUGUGAUCAUCGUGGGGAACCCCAAGGCCCUGUCCAAGCAGCCACUGUGGAACCACCUGCUGAACUACUACAAGGAGCAGAAGGUGCUGGUGGAGGGGCCCCUCAACAACCUCCGCGAGAGCCUCAUGCAGUUCAGCAAGCCCCGCAAGCUGGUCAACACCAUCAACCCGGGCGCCCGUUUCAUGACCACAGCUAUGUAUGACGCCAGAGAGGCUAUGAUCCCAGGCUCUGUGUACGACCGGAGCAACGCCGGACGCCCAUCAAACAUGUACUUCCAAACCCACGACCAGAUUGGCAUGAUUGGCACGGGGCCAAACCCCAUCGCUGCCAUGAACAUCCCCAUCCCCUUCAACCUGGUGAUGCCCCCCAUGCCCCCCUCUGGAUACCUGGGACAGGUCAAUGGACCAGCGGCAGGCCGCGGGGCUCCGAAGGGGAAAGCGGGUGGGCGCGGUGGGCGCCAGCGCAGCCGUGGCAUGGGGAACCACGGCGGCGGGCAGGCCACCAUGUCGGGCAGCCAGGCGAGCCAGGACCUGGUGUCCCAGCCAUUCUCCCAGGGCCCCCUGACGCAGGGCUACAUCACCAUGAGCCAGCCCUCACAGAUGAGCCAGCCAGGCCUGUCCCAGCCUGAGCUCUCACAGGACAGUUACCUGGGUGACGAGUUCAAGUCUCAGAUCGACGUGGCUUUGUCCCAGGACUCCACCUACCAAGGUGAAAGGGCAUACCAACAUGGUGGAGUGACUGGUCUGUCACAGUACUAGAGUGUUGUUGGACAGGGAGCUAGGCUUAUGCUGAGCUUAGUUCCUCAGCAUUUUAAAUCUGGGUAAUAAUAACUAAAGACCAACCACGGAUGCCCGUUUUCCACUGUUACAACUGACGCACCGCGGUGUGAAAGCAACAGGAGCGAGAAACCAACCAAUCACCUGAGUGACAAAAGAGAGAACUACUAAAGAAGGGGAUAGCUGGACGGGAUGAGGAAGGAGAAAGAGUGGAGCGGAGAGGAGGAAGAGACCCAGGCAGAGAGGACGGAGAGAGAGAGCGAGAGAGAGAGGGUGUAAAAGGGACAAGCCGCUGCUCGCACGCGACUGUCAAUAAGAGGGGGGGGACCCGCAUGUGACGGGGAUGUGCUGUGGGAGACUGGACAGAGGGGCGGGAAGAAGCGCAUCGAGAGGGAUCUUUCUAAAAAGAGAGAAGGAAACCGAGGAGGCAGAAGAGGGGGAACCACUCUCUUCACCUCUCUUUUGGACAGAAAGCCCACCCCUGUCUCGUCGUCUUCCCCGAUUGCCCAUCCACUGACCCCACUGUGGCCGAUGACCUUUCACCCCUCUUGACCUCCCCACUCCACCCCCAACCCCCAGAAAACCCUCCGCGAGGAGCGAGUGCGGUCAACCAGCCUCCCUGCCUGAGACGGUGAAGACUCAAUCUCUCGCGCAGUCCUGCGAAAGCUCACACUUCCGCCUGCUAUGAGCUGAUAUACCGAGAGAGAGAGACAGAGAGAGAGAGGGCGAGAGAGAGACUACAUGGAAAAGACAAAGGGCAAAACCUGAAGCAGCUCAUCUGGGGAAAAUUUUCUUUUCCCACCUCGAAGUUGAUCGGAAGUGCUUCCGGGUUCUCAUGUCUGAAGUCCAGCACACGUUUGAGAAGAUGGCAUUUGGUUUGAGGGUGCUGGAAGUGUUGGAGUGCUCAAAUCUCAUCUUAAACAGUGCUGUGUUGUGUUGCGUCGCGUCACUGAAGGACGAUUCAACUUUGAGGGAAGUUUUUCUGCACAGAGUCUGUUGUCGCAAAGGUUUUGGGGGAAAAAGGGGAGAGCUUGCCAGUGUGUUGCCAGCUUUCCAAAUGAGUCUUUCUUUUUUUAGGUGAUUCACAAAGGAAAAGUGGUAGUCUCGUAGUGGCUGUAUGUUUUAUGUUGUUUUGUUCUGUUUUUCUUUGUCUCGAGUUAAGGUGUUGAAACAAAGGGGCAAUGUAAUGCGAGACUUUGUUUUGUUUUUUUCUUUUAAAAUCAAAUUUUUCACCAAAAUGCAAAGGUAUGGAGAACCCACUUGGCUUUUGAAGUAGCAGAAGUUGCUUGCUUAUCUUUCUUUUCAUGGGAUCUCCUAAGCAGCCUCAACUUUGCCAUGCCACCUUUCCCCACGCCUAUGCCCACACAGUGCCCGUUGAAAUGCCAGCUGUGUCCACUGUCAGUAUCUUUACAAGAACUUUCCGAUCGGUAGAACCGUAACCCGCCUGGAAAAGGUACAGAACCUGCGCUACCAAACAGAUGGUGUGACUUUUCUGUAAAUAUAUGUGAAAGUAUCGUGCAUGACCAUUGUGUGUAACACGAAAUGGCCGACACUGAUGUUGAGCAUAACCUUUUGGAUGUAAACUUUUUGCGAAGUGCAGUCAAGAUGGUCUGGUUAAGGCAAUCAUGAAUUGUUUGUGUUAUUGUGACAUGCACCUGAAGGUCUCUUUUGUUGCGCAAGUACCACCUUGUCAUUCGACAUGCUCAAAAAAAAUAUUUAAAUCCAAGAGGAAUAGAGGUGCUUGUGACAUUUUUUUUCUUCAAAGUAAACUUUUUGGCCAACAGAUGUAAUUGAUGUUUGACAUGAGUGAGACUAGAGGGGACUUUUUUGAAGUUUGGAUUUGUUUUGUCUUUGGCUUUGCUUUUCUAUGCUUUGUUUUUGAAGCUGCAGUGCUUGUAGCGAGUGUGGCCAGUAGCUGAAAUAUCUACCAAUGGAUCUGCAUUCGUUUUUUUGCUGUGAUGUUUGUAGUAGUAGACUUGGCGUUCUGCUGUCCAGCCUUGGUGAUGUUGUUAUUCAUUUUGCCUAUGAGUAUCAUCCACAGACUUCUUCACUCUUAUUAAUGUCAUCUUUGUUUUUUUCAUCACUUUACAGUUUUCAUUGUUUUGUCAUAUCUUGAGUGGCGUCCACUAUUUAAACAAAUAUAUAUAUAAAGCCCAUAUUUCCCUGUUUUUCCUGUCGGCUGUGCCACAUUCAUUCUUUUUUUCUCAUGAUUUGUCAUUCUGUUAAUUAUUCAACCCUCCAUUGGUUUGCCGGUGUUUCGUAUCCCACUUUUUAGCAAGCAGGAAUCACGGUCAUCCAACACCUCUAAUGGUGCUAUGUACGUCUGUAAGCUUUACGUGUCCCAUUGACAAUCAUCACCAUGUAUUUGUUUUAAAGGUGGCUGAACAUUGCCAUUGUCGUAGUAGUGACUAUUGAAUGUUUUGCGGUUAAUUAAAGAAUGCAUUACCAUCAGCAGAGAUAGUAGGAUGCUUGUGGAGAUUUAGGGGGAAAACAUUUGAGUUUUACCUCCGUUCAUGGCCAUGAUAUCAAAAUCAGUGAUAUAUUAUAAUUGAAAGAAUGUGAGAAUGAAAUCAUUAUGAAGCUAUGGGAUUGGGAAGUUAUGUUUUUAUGUUACCCCCCCAAAUGUACUCUUUCAUAUCUUUUUUUCUUCAGUAGACUUCAUGGCAAAUCUCAUUUGUUACAAUCUAAGCGAAGAUAAAAUUAUGAUUCCCAUCAAGAAACACAAACAGUUGUCAUGAUGAAAUAGUCGGCUGAGUACAAAUAAAUUGAUAUGUCCGUUGUUAAAGAAGGGGGUAGCAGUAACCCCAACAGCAGGCAAAAAUGACAACCACAUUUGACCUUUGAUGGUCUUGAAACCAUCCAUAUACCCACCAUAAAACAUGUCUGACAUAAAACCAUGAUAAUGACAAGUAGACAACAUUGUGUCAUUCAUUUUCCAUCAAGUCCAUAAUGGUUACACCGUAUUGUAAUUAAAAUACAUUUUAUUGCAUUGCAGUCAAUCUUUAAAUUGUCAUUGUGUCCCCUCAAACUGUAAGUAAAAUGUUAAAUAAAUGGCUUCAUUUCGCUUAUGCUGAA